GUCCGUUACGGACGUCGAUUUUUUAAAUAACAGUUACUGUUUUCAGGCGCAAAUGACCAACGGACCCAGUGCGUUUUAACUGUACGCGAAUGGGUAAGUUUGAGUUACUACUUAUUUUACUAUCGUUAGAUCGACUAUUUAGUCACCUUUAGUUCAACCCGGCAGCCAGCAGAUUACGUAAAAACGUUCACCUAUUCCCAUGGUUCUCAAUUUCUUGUAAAGUAUUCCUUGCGUGGCGGUCUCUUUACAAUUUGUUGAAUGCUCGUGGACCUUUAUAAUUAGCUACAUUUAAAAUACAGGCUUCUCAUUUAUUCAGAAAACGGCAUCUCUUAAGUCUUCAAAUUCACAUUUAGUGGGAUUGAUGCAUCUGCUUUGCCUUAACAAGCUCUGUUUUGGCUUUGUUUUGGCCAGUGCAACCCUUUAUGUUAUAUUUCGAGUCCUAUCUGUUUCGGGAUGUUGGUUUGAGAUCAUUUAUUUUGGAAACAAACCGUCUCACACGCAUGGGUGGUUGCAAAUGGAACCAGCCAUCUUUGCAACAUCGGGGUAAGACUGCGCAGUUUCCACCCAAACAUCCCUACAGCACAUUUCACGGAGAGCAUGUUUUUCACUCCCAUCACUUAUCAAAUCAAUAAACUAUUAUUUAACUAAAUUGUCCUCCUGAGGCAGAUCACUAGACAAGCCUUAAUAUAAAACUUUAGUAUUUUCUUCUAAGAAUUAGGAUUGGGGGGGGGGUGGUGGGUGUUGGGUUGUCUGGAAGGUUACCUGUGAAAACCCUAGAUACGAAACUAUCUCUAUUUGACUGUCUCUUUUUUAGAUAAUUUCUUUCCAGGCAUUUUAGUCAAUUGCCACCUGAUUUAACUGUUAACAUACCAGGUUAUAAUUUUUAAUUUGUAUAAUGCAUCCACCCAGGUACCCACGAGACAGAGGUCAGCCUGGAGGGUGAGCUCGGCCUUCACCGACGCUACGUCAUGUGCACAAAACACCCGGAUCACAAGGACUUCAUCUCGGUGAAGGACUUCACGUUGCAGCACCUGCCCGCUGGCCACCGGGACGACGACGUCUUCGACCUCAUCGCAACCCUGUCGCAGCUGACUGUCAGGGUGGUGGUCACCUUCACGAGCUGGGCGCGCCCCGAGCUCCACCCCAGAUCGGAAACCGCGUACCCGUUUUACAACAUUCGUGGAUCGAAAGCCAUGCGCACCGGCUCCGGUCGAAUCUGGGGGGUCAGGAAAUACCUGAGUGAUGACAAUCCUUGUCCGUGCUCUUCGUGCGUGCGCUCCAACACUCCCAGCAAACACUGGGGCCGUGUGUACAUCUACACAGCCACCCACGUCGUUUUUGACUCCUCGGAAGGUCAGCGCGCUAAAGUGACGUUCGGUUAUGACGUAGACCUGGAGCACUCACGUGUCCUUGACGGGGUCGGCGAAGGCGUCGUGUCUGACCUUGACCGAGACCGGUGCGUCAUGUCGUGCGUCACGUGCGACGCUCCCCUGCUGGACCGCCUGACAGAUCUGGUGCAGCACUACCGAAAGGUCUACAGAAAGGUCCAUCAGGAGAGCGCCAGACUUCCGAGCGAUUCCAGACUGGCCGUCGUCAUCUCGCACCCUCACGGCUGUGGCAAAAUGGUGUCGGUCGGGGAGUGGACACGCAGGGAGAAGAUAAGUGACAAAAUGGGUCUGAUCGAUACGCAGUACACGUACAGCACGGCCACAUGCGCCGGCAGCAGCGGUGCCCCGGUUUACGUGUUGGGAACGUCGUGGUACACGCUGAGCCACAGUGGUGCUGGCGAGGACGGCAACUUUAGCGGUGGCGGCUGGGGGUGAUUAACGUCGGUAAUCUGAAAAAAUGUCGCUUCAUAUCUGAACCUUUUACAGCAUGAUUUAGAGAGCUGAAAAUCAACCACCCAAAAAAAAAAUUGCGGAAUAGCCUGAAAAGAUUUGCAAAUAGUUUUCUGCGUAAUAUCCUUAACAUCUAUAAAGUACCACAAAAAUGUUCUGGGAUUCAUUUGUGGUGCCUUCAGGACCACACCCACAGCUGUUAUUGAAAUCUUGGCCAAUGUAUAACCACUAGACAUAAGAAGGGACAAGGAAAUGUUAUAUACCGCGGCACGGUACAGCAGAUUAAAUGAAAAGGAACCCUGCUUCCAAAUGCAGAAUAACUGGGUGUUUAACUGGAGUUUACUGAAAAGAUACUCAUCCAUGAAUCAUGUUGUGGAACUUGACAGAGCAGUCAAACUCCUUAAAAAGAGAAAGUAUGACACCUAUCCCAGUCAGUUCGCGAAAUGCGGAACAUUCCAGUCCCAAUAUAUGUUUGCUCUGAAUAAUCCAGCUGAGACAUAAGGCAGCCCUACAAAUGUUUAUAAAGUGUAUGCCUUGAGAUAUAAGGAAGGGUUUGCUGUAACCCCAGUGUCAGUGUUUACGGACGGAUCUGGAAACCUAAGAGGGCUCUCAUCGUGUAUUUAAUUGGAGGGCCACAAAAAAGAGGAACUUUCAAGCCCCCGUGGGACUUUAGCGGCGAAUUUCCAUGUUAAGUUGGAGGCUAUUCAUAGGGCCCUGGAAAGCGCAAAGUGCGCUGCAGAAGUGGGAACUAAGCGGGCUCGACACUGCCCUACUAACAAUUACUUCAACGAGCCAGACAACAAUAGGUACCCGACUUGCGGAGACGUUAGCGCAUCUGUUGACUUCGUACCCCGCCCUGGCUAUCACAGGGAAAAUAAGGGCGGUGGGAGAUUCCUAAGUUCAUGCCAUGUUAUAUGGAAUUUCACAGCAGAAUCAGCGAAUGGAUCGGAUUGCCACUGUACUAACUGGUGCUUUAAGAGCGUAACCUCAAGUCCGUACCACAAUAUAUAUUUUAGCUCAAGCUGACUUGUGUUCCCAGGUAGGAAAAAAAAGCAAGUUCGGGAAAAGUAUUUAUGGUUGAUCAUUAUUUUCCCCAAUACGUAGUUUAUCGUUGGAUAAAAAGAUUGCUGAACAACUCCGAGAGAUAUUUAUAAAGACUUCGUCGAAAAAAACGGUUCACGAGAGGCUGAAUGGGUCAUUGGAAGGGAACGAUUCUAAAAAAAUGUCAACUGCUUAGGAGAACCAAACAUAUCCUAUAAAAAUAUAAAUCAUCUUGCAUUAUCUUACGUUUUCUACAAUACAUCAUUCUUGCUCGCA